AUGAGCGAGAAGAAGCCAGCCGCGGGCCAAGAUCCGGAAGCGGUUGCGGCUGCGCGCACCAGCGACGACCAUGAGAGCAGCAGCGUGUCCGCAAAGGACGAGGCCAUGGCCAUGGUCGGGGAGCAAGAGCAUGCCAUUGACCCCGUGGUUGUUGCACGGGCCGUCCGCAAGAUUGACUGGUUCCUCAUUCCCGCCAUGAUCUUUGGCUACGGCAUCGUCUACUACGACAAGGCCAUCCUCGGCUCGGCCGUCCUCUUCGGCAUGACCGCCGACCUGCAGCUCACCGUCACCGACACCUCGACGACCCCGCCGUCGGUCGACAGCUCGCGCCUCUCCUGGGCGACGUCCAUCUUCUACUUCGGCAUGCUCGCCGGCCUGUACCCCAUGUCGUUCGCGCUGCAGCGCUUCGACAUGGGCCGCGUGCUGGGCGCCGUCGUCGUGCUCUGGGGCGCUGUCUGCAUGCUCACGGCGGCGGUGACGUCGUACCGCGGCCUGUACGCGCAGCGCUUCUUCCUCGGCUUCGUCGAGAGCGUCGUGCCGACGGGCUUCAUGUGCAUCGUCGCCGGCUACUACAGCCAGCGGGAGCAGGCCCUGCGCCAGAGCUGGUGGUUCAGCAGCACCGGCCUGUUCACCAUCGUCGGCGGCGCGCUCAACUACGGCUUCGCCCAGAUCUCCGGCGGCCGCCUGCACAGCUGGCAGUACAUCUACCUGCUGGCCGGCGCCCUGACCGUGCUGUUUGGCCUGUGCUGCUUUGCCGUGCCGAGCUCGCCCGUCACCGCCUGGUUUCUGACUACCGAGGAGAAAUUUGCCGCCGUCGAGAGGCUGCGGUACAGCCAGACCGGCGUGCGCUGCUCCAGGAUCAAGAUGGCGCAGGUGAAGGAGUCGUUGUUGGAUGCCAAGUUCUAUUUGAUCUUCGUCAUGAUGGCUUCCGCGUAUACCAUGAACGGCGCCGUCAGCGGAUUCGGGCCGCUCAUCGUGUCGACCUUCGGCUGGAGCACGUUGGACUCGAUCCUGUUCCAGUUCCCGCUCGGCGGCCUCUGCUUCCUCGUCAUCCUCGCCACGGGCUAUCUGGGCUCCAAGGUCCCCAACAUCCGCCUCAUCAUGCUCAUCCUGACGUGCCUGCCCGUCAUCGCGGGCUGCGCCAUCAUCUGGAAGAGCGAGUGGACCUACCGAGCCGCCGCGCCGGUGGUCGGCUACUCCAUCACCGGCUUCUUUGGCGGCACCGUGAGUCUCAUCAUCACGGUCGGCAUGUCGAACGUGGCGGGCCACACCAAGAAGAGCCUCAUGGCGGCCACCAUCUUCGCCGCCUACUGCGUGGGCAACAUCGUCGGUCCCCAGCUUGUCAAGUCGCAGACGCGGCCGCAGCAUUACCCGGAGCUGUGGCUCGGCCUGAUCAUCUGCUACCUGAUCUGCAUCAUCGCGUCGGCAACUCUCUACGCCGUCCUGGCGGCGGCAAACAGGAAGAAGAAGGCGGCCGGCCAGGAGGACGAGGCAGAGCGGGCGAAGCUGGCCUUCCAGGACCUGACAGACAUGCAGAACCCGUACUUCAGGUACGUCCUAUGA